AGGAUGUCAUGCCCAAAGGGGCAUGCAGUGAUAUCCGUUGAUUACGAGGCAUUCACCUCUAAUUGGAAAUGCGAUCGCUGUAAGAUGAGCUUCUCCUCCAAUGAUGGCAGAUGGCGCUGCUGCAGCAAGUGUAACUUCGAUCAUUGCCUACCCUGCAUGAAGGCAGUCGACUACAAGCCCAACCAUUUACACACAGUGGCAUAUGUCACGUAUGUGUGUAAUGAAUGUGGAAAAGGCUUCACGGGGGAUCGGGUGUACUGCCCAACAUGCAAAGUCGCUUAUGAUGUUUGUUAUCCUUGCGCCUUACGUAAGAUGACGGCAAAGGAUUCAACAGUGGACGGUAAUGGACGCGUGAAAUCUGUGGUAAUUAGUUCAACUCCAUUUGCAUCGGGAGCCACCCGUGAUGCCUUCAAAGUGGAUGCAACUAUGGAGGACGGCAAAAAACAAGAUUACGUCUUGAAGGCGUUUAAGCCCUUGUACUUCAACACAGGGAUGGAGAUGGACAUUGUUGUCAAGAUCCACUUGAAAGCUUACGAACUUGCUCUGGAGUUCAACAAGGAAAUGCAGCUGAACCAUCCAAUUAUUUUCAAGCGACCGAUUCUUCAUACAAUGACUAGCACAGUCGAGAAAGAUGGGAGAAAUGUAUUUGUGAAGGGAGAAAAAGUGGCCCUUGAACCGUUCAUUCAUGGUCAAUAUGAGAAAUUCAGCUCAAAUUCCGGAUUCAUUCUUGAUGGAUACACGGCUCCAGGGGUCUUCACCCAUUUCACAUGGCACAAGACGCGAGAGCUGAUUGUCUGUGAUUUGCAAGGGGUGCGCCAAAUUAGAGGCAACGAGCAUGACGCAUAUUACUUCACUGACCCAGCCAUCAAUUCAUUGAAGCAGAAUUGGGGACCCACCGACAUUGGAAAGCCAGGAAUAAUGAAUUUCUUCAAGUUUCACAAAUGCAGUAAAUUCUGCAAUACGUGGGCGAAACCUUCCCUUGGAGACCUCAUCAUAAGAGUGCCAGUUGUUCAAAGAACCACAUAUGCUGACCCUAGAGCCCCAGGCAGAGAAAUGCCCCAACCAGGGAUGGAUACCGAGCUGUCACAAAUGUUUGCUCAGUUAAUGGCUGGAAUGAUGUUCACUGAAAAGCCAAAAUAA